UUUCAGGCGAGGCUAACUUGAAUACAGAGACGCCAUUUUGUGUGGUCAGUUAGAAGCUGAAAAUUUUGUCUCGAGUUUAGGCAAGAUUAUCCCCAAAAUCGCAGCGAAUUUGCCAUCUUGCCGAAAAUUCUUACAGUGGUAAGACACAAUGAGCCUAGAGGAAGGUUCGAAAUGGGAUUUCAACUGCCCACAGUUUGUGGAUUUCUCUGAACCGCAGGCGCUAACGUUGGACGACAACGCUGACGAGUGGUUUGACUACCAGCAUGAGAAUGAGGAGGGCAUACCUCUGGAUGCUCCCCCAUCUCCUGAAGCUGAGCACACGGAGGAUGUAACUGUCACCGUAACCAAGGCAACCGAGACCCUACAGAAGAUGCAGGAGACGGCCCUGGCAGCCUCCGCCUUUCCUGUGGUCAAGGUCGGGCCUUACGUGGAGAAGGAAGAGAAGAAAGACGAGCCAGAGUUUCCCGAAGUUGUGAAGGAGAAGGCUGUCCCAGAGAAGGUGGAGCCAACCGUUCCCCCAGCUGAGACAGAAACGAAGACAGAGCCACCACCAGUGGAAGUGGUGGUCAUGCAGCCAGAGGAAACCCCCAUGCAGUUCACCGCAGUCACGGAGGCUCCCGUCGAUGCCACAAAGAAGCUGAAAGCGAAGACGGAGGCUUCCAGAGUCCGUCGAUCCGUCAGGAGGAAGAGCUAUGUGAAGACUGAAGUGCAGCCACCGAAAGAAGCUCAAGUUGAACCCGCAAACAAGAAACAGAAAACAGCUGCCAACGAAAGACGGUCAGCUCCAAGAGCCCGCCAUGGCUCCGGAAAAACGCGUCGCUCGGCAGACACUUCUGCGGAACCUCCAGUGAAGAAGGCCAAGUCAUCCGCGGAUCCCAAAACACGAAUCAAACUCACCAUGCCCAAAACUCCAGAAUGUGCAAAGCGUUCUUACAAGCGUCCAGGCGUGGUUAAGAAAACUUCAGAGGAGCUUGAGUUGGAGAGGAUUGAGCAGUUGAGGGAGGAGACUCGCCGGCAGCACCAGAUAGCUGAGGAAUCGUACAAGCAGGCCCAGGCCUCCGCUGGCUACCACGCCGCCCGCGCUGCCGUCCCGCUGACCAAACCGCACGAGUUCCAUUUCCACACGGACGAGCGCCUCAAGGACCACGGCAUGGAGACACGACAGGACUCCAAGAACAAGCGCUUCGAGGACAGCCUGCGCACACACCCGCCCUCCCCAGUGAGUGGUAGUAGAACACAGGCCAAAUGUAACAAGUUGACGAAGCCCAAACCUUUCAAGUUCACGAACGACUCGAGGAAGAGAAAACUGCACGAGGUGGACCACGCUGGGCACAACAAGUGGCACUCCGUCUCCGAGCAGGUCAUCAACUUCCACAAGAAGACUCCGGACCGUUUCCGCCGCAAGGCAAGGAUGGAGCUCAAUGCAACCAGGGCUGGGCCUGUUGUUGGGGAUCACAAGAUGAAACUGACGCAGCCCCAGAGUCCCAACUUCUCCAAGCGCCCCCGUAACCGAUCGGCUCGCGUGAAGAGUGCUGCAGAGAUUGAAGAGGAAGAAGUGGAAGAGAUGAAGAAGUACAAGUUCAAGGCGAGGGAGAUAGACCAGCGUCUGUUCCAGCAGGCAGGAGUCGGCGUGCCGAAGAAGCCCCACAAACCAGUCACCCAGCCUGUGGGGAUGGAGCUGGAGACAGACCGCAGGAUACAGGAGAGACACGAUGAAACAAAGAACGCAGACAACGAGGAAAAGUUUGAGUUCCAUGCUCGGCCAGUUCCUGCAAAAAUCUUGGAAGGACCAGUGGGUGUUGCAGAGAAGAAGGUGGCUCCCCUCACCAUCCCCGAGUCUCCUGCCUUCGCCCUCAAGAACAGAGUCCGCAGCGUCAAACCAGAAGUUCAAGAUGAGGAAGAAGAAAGAAUCAUCUACGCCCGUCCGAUGCCUCACACCGGAGUUCCCUUCAAACCCAACCGAGAACACAAAGUCACCCAGCUGGAGCCCUUCUCCUUCCAGGGCAGGGUGGAGGAACAGCUGGUCAAGAAGGAGGAGAAGAUUCAGCAGAUCAUUCAGGAGGAAGCCAAGGUUGCCAGUUCCUUCAGAGCUCAGAACUUGCCGGAGACCCUUCACCAGCCCGGACACCUUCCAGACGUUCCCAAGAAAGCACCCACCAACCCCGAACCCUUCCAGCUCAGCUGUGAUGACAAGGGUGCCAAGAAGGCUGCGGAAUGGAGCAAGAAGAUGGAGGAGGAACUGAAGCAGCAGCGCGAGCAGGCUAGCAGCUUUAAACACAAACCUGCCGACGUGCUGUACAAGGAACCCUUCAUCCCACAGAAGGCUACCAAGCCACUUACAGACGUGAGCGAGUUUGACCUGAACACAGUCCGGCGGGCGGAGCAGCGACAGGAGUUCGAGAUGCAGAAGAAGAUGAAGGAGGAGGAGAUGGAGGCUCUGCGGCAGCAGCAGGAGGCAGAGCGCAGGGAGCAGGAGCAGGUGGAGAUCGCCAGACUCCGCAAGGAGCUGGUCCACAAGGCCAACCCCAUCCGCCACGGCCGGCCCCUAGAGAUCCAGCCCAGCAACAAGCCGCUCACCAACCCGCAGACGCCCAACUUCUCCGACAGGAGAAGGAAGGCCAGCGUGCGCUUGUAGUCCUGGAUCAAUUUGCCCUAGCCUCUACCAGGCUCCACAGGCCGUAAAAAAAUAGUAGAGAUUGGACAAAUAAUACAGAAAACACACCUGACCAGAGGAUUUGCUAAACUGUAUUCCUCUGCCAACCAAAUCCUGCUGUGUGUUUUCUGUCUAUUUGGCCAAUUUCAACUAUUUUUCCAGCGCCCUGGGGAGCCUGGUAGAGGCUACAAUUUGCCUGCUCUGAUGUUUAUCUGUACAUACAAUCUUUGUGUUCAAGUUAUGUGGAGGGGUUUUCUUCUUUUUUUUUUUUUAUGGGUAAUCAAGUUUUUUUCAUCUUUGAAUUUUAGUAGCAGCCAGAAUAAUGGAUUUUGAAUGUGAUGUAUUCUUUUCAAGUCUUAAAAUUUGUAGGAAAGAUAGUAAGAAGACAUGUUAGGGAUUUCCUAUUUUAUUACCUACUGUCCAAUUUCUCUUUGUGAAUUUUUAGUGUAUCAUGUUCAUGUAUGUGUAGAUUAUAUGUACGAUAGGGUGAUAACAUUCCUUGACUUUGCUGUCCUCUAAUGUAGAAUUUGAAACGUGAAUUCCAACUCCAAGUUUGCCUCAUAGAAUCUUAGGUAAAAACUGUUCCAAGACUUUGUUUAUACUGUUGUUUCCUAUGUUAAUAAAGUCGAUUUGAGUAAAAUAGUAU